AUGGUCAUCCCUACGUGCCCCCCAGCAAAUACCUUUGUCAAAGUGGCUCGCCGAAUUUACAACCCCAUCGGCUUUACGAAAGGUUACAAUUUUGUUCUCUACUUCAUUUUCGCAGGUGCUUUACUGGGCUUCUGUCUUGCUCGUCUUCAAUUUCUUGCCUUUAACGGCAUUUUGUGCAACUUGGAGAGCACAACUGGUAGUGCGGCUCCCGGCGAAUGCUACUGGUAUUCGAUGCCACGAUACCGUAUUGGAAUCAUCAUCCACCUCGCCAGCAUUCUUCCUGCAGGACUCCUCGCCGUCUUCCAGUUUGUUCCCGCGAUCCGUCACAGAUACCUCAUUUACCAUCGAGUAGCCGGCUAUCUCAUUAUUCUGCUGGUCUUCAUCUCCAUUGCUGGUGCUCUUAUGAUAGCAGACCGUUCUUUCGGCGGUCAUAUCGCCACACAAACUGCAGUCGGGGCACUUGCUAUCGCCUCCACCUUUGGCAUCAUCAACGCAUACUAUAAUAUCAAGCGGCUGCAGAUAGACCAGCAUCGGGCAUGGAUGCUUCGGGUAUGGUUCUGGAUGGCCAGUAUUAUUACACUGCGCCUUAUCCAGGCCCUCUCCGCUGUUAUUAUCUCGAUGUAUCCAUAUGGCUGGUACCAGGUUAUGCCAUGUGCUGAGCUCUUGUACAUAGCAAAUUCAACCCAGACCGCCCUCGAAACAGCCUACUCAACAUAUCCAGUCUGCUCGCCUAGCAACUCAAAUAUGACAGUCGACAGCCAGGUUAUCGUGAAAGCCAACUUCAAUGGUGAGCCUGAGCAAAUUGGUGCGGCGCUGGCUAUAGGCUUCCCAAUGGCUAUAUGGCUCGCAUUGGUUAUGCAUGCUGUUGGGAUUGAAUUUUAUCUUCGAUUGACGCCAAAGGAAGCUGAGAGAUUGAGAAUCGUGAGUUAUAAGAGGCAACUGGCGGCUGGAAUGAAGAAUCCGGGGAGUGCAGGGCUCGUGCCGGAAAAAUUGGGGGAUAUGGAACUUUGGGAGCCGCAGCUGAGGCACAGAGAGGACAGUCGGAAACAGUUCUGA